AUGGAUGCCCCUCCAGAGAGGAGAGAAACUGUUGCUGUGUGCCAACGUAAAAUCAAGUCUCGUCUGAAGAAAAAGUUCAGAUCUUUGUUGAAAGGAAUCGCUACAGCAGGACAGCAAACAGAUCGGAAUGACUUCACAGAGAUAAUCGUCUUUGAGAGAGGCGCUCAAGAGGUCAACAAGGAACAUGAGUUCAGACUGAUUGAAGCAUCCUCAAGGAAACCAGCCAAGGAGGAAAUACCAAUCAAAUGUGAAGACAUCUUUAAGCCCUUACCAGGCCAAGAUCAACAAAUAAGAACAAUGACAACUGGAGUGGCCGGCAUUGGUAAAACCGUCUUAACACAAAAGUUCACACUGGACUGGGCCGAAGGCAAAGCCAACCGCGACAUAUCCUUUACAUUUCUCUUCCCUUUUAGAGAGCUGAAUUUACUGGAAGGGAAAGAGUUGAGCUUGGUGGAACUUCUUCAUCACUUCUUUAUUGAGACAAAAGAAGCAGGAAUCUGCAGUUUCGACCGGUUCGAAGUUGUGAUCAUCUUGGAUGGUCUGGAUGAGUGUCGACUUCCUGUGGACUUCAAGAACAACCAGAUCUGGACUGAUGUCACAAAGCCGACCUCAGUGGAGGUGCUGCUGACAAAUCUCAUCAGGGGCAAGCUGCUUCCCUCCGCUCGUAUCUGGAUAACAACACGCCCUGCGGCAGCCAAUCAGAUCCCUCCUAAGUGUGUUAACAUGGUAACAGAGGUGAGAGGGUUCACCGACCCACAGAAGGAGGAGUACUUCAGGAAGAGAUUCAGAGAGGAGACGCUGGCCAGCACAAUCAUCGCCCACGUCAAGAAAUCACGAAGCCUCCACAUCAUGUGUCACAUCCCAGUCUUAUGUCGGAUCACUGCUACAGUUCUGGAGGACCACUUCAAAACAUCCAAAAUAGGGGAAGAGAUGCCCAACACUGUGACGCAGAUGUACAGCCACUUCCUGAGGGUUCAGUCCAUACAGGCAGACAGGAAGAAUCAUGGCAGAGCUGAACCAGAUCUGCAGUGUUCAGAGAUCAGGGCGAUCAUUGUUACUUUGGGAAAACUGGCGUUUAAGCAGCUGGAGAAGGGAAACCUCAUCUUCUACGAGGCAGACCUGGCAGAGUGUGACAUCAAUAUCGGAGCAGCCUCAGAGUACUCAGGAGUGUUCACUGAGAUCUUUAAGGAGGAAUGUGGGCUGUACCAGGACAAGGUGUUCUGCUUUGUCCAUCUGAGCAUCCAGGAGUUUCUGGCUGCCCUUUAUGUCUUUCAGUCCUCCAUCAACACUGGUGACAAUCUGCUCUCAGAAGAACAACAACCCUUAUGGUAUGAUAAACAUCACCUCUUCUACCAGAAGGCGGUGGACAUGGCCUUACAGAAUGAGAAUGGACGCUUUGACUUGUUCCUUCGCUUCCUCCUGGGCCUCUCUCUGGAGACCAAUCAGAUUGUCCUACAAGGUCUUAUUGGAAAGACAGGAAAUACAUCACUGACCAAUGAGAAAACAGUGCUUUACAUCACAGAGAAGUUAAAUGGAAAUCUCUCUCUAGAGAGAAGCAUCAAUCUGUUCCGUUGUCUAAAUGAGCUGAACUACCGUUAUCUAGUGGAGGAGAUCCAACAGUUCCUGACAUCAGGAAGUCUCUAUAAUUGUUUAGAUCAUGAACUGUGGUCAGUUCUGCCCUUGAUCUUACUCACAUCAGUAGAGGAGCUGGACAUAUUUGACCUGAAGAAAUACUCUGUAAAGACUGCUAAUACGAAAUGUCUGCUGAUGCUGAUGCCAGUGGUCAAAGACUCCAAAAAAACUCUGCUGAAUGGCUGUAACCUGUCAGAGGGAUGCUGGGGAGCUCUGGCCUCAGUUCUCAGCACAAACUCCUCUAGACUGAGAGAGCUGGACCUGAGUACCAAUGAUCUGCAGGAUUCAGGAGUGAAGCUGCUCUGUGCUGGACUGGGGAGUCCACACUGUACACUGGACACUCUCAGGCUGACUGACUGUCAUCUGUCAGAGAGAUGUUGUGAAGCUCUGGCUUCAGUUCUCAGCUCCAAGUCCUCUAGUCUGAGAGUUCUGGACCUGAGUACCAAUGAUCUGCAGGAUUCAGGAGUGAAGCUGCUCUCUGCUGGACUGGGGAGUCCACACUGUACACUGGAAACCCUCAGGCUGAAUGGCUGUCAACUGUCAGAGGGAUGCUGUGAAGCUCUGGCCUCAGUUCUCAGCUCAAACUUCUCUAGACUGAGAGAGCUGGACCUGAGUACCAAUGAUCUGCAGGAUUCAGGAGUGAAUCUGCUCUGUGCUGGACUGGGGAGUCCACACUGUACACUGGACACUCUCAGGCUGACUGACUGUCAUCUGUCAGAGAGAUGUUGUGAAGCUCUGGCUUCAGUUCUCAGCUCCAAGUCCUCUAGUCUGAGAGUUCUGGACCUGAGUACCAAUGAUCUGCAGGAUUCAGGAGUGAAGCUGCUCUCUGAUGGACUAAAGAGUCCACACUGUACACUGGAAACUCUCAGGUUGUCUGGUUGCCUGAUCACACAGAAAGGCUGUGAUUGUCUGGCCUCAGCUCUGAGCUCUAACCCCUCCCAUCUAAGAGAGCUAGCCCUGAGCUACAAUCACCCAGGAGACUCAAAAGUUAGGCGGCUCUCUGCUAGACUGGACACUCUCAGUGUGGAGAACGGUGGAUUCCGGAGGCUGAAACCAGGUCUAAAGAAGUAUGCCUGUGAAAUCACACUGGACCCAAACACAGCACACAAAAUCUUCUCUCUCUCUGAGGACAACAGAAAGGUGACACGGGGUUAUCGGGGCCCGUCGUAUCCUGAUCAUCCAGAUAGAUUUGAGCCCUGGUACCAGGUGUUGUGUAGAGAGGUUCUGACUGGCCGCUGUUACUGGGAGGUAGAGUGGAAUUUUCAUGUUUGGAUAGCAGUUACAUACAGAGGAAUCGAAAGGAAAGGAUGGGGUAGUGAAGCAUUUCCUGGAAAAAACGACAAGUCUUGGAGUCUUGAGUGUACUGAUCAUCGUUACACUGCCUGGUACAACGAUGGAAAAACAGACGUACCUCUCCUCCCUGCUGGCUCCACCAGAGUAGGAGUGUAUCUGGACUGGCCUGCUGGCACUCUGUCCUUCUACAGAGUGCCCCCAGGUGAAGGAGGGUCCUCAGACACACUGACACACAUCCACACCUUCCAGUCCACCUUCACUCAGGAGGACCUCCUCCCGGGGUUUAGGUUAGAGUGGCCGCAAUCCUCAGUGUCUCUUUGUCAGAUUUAGCAACACACACAAACACACACACACACACACACACACACACACA